AAUGCAAGUGCGCAGUAACUACGGUCGCAGUAAACUUUUGUUUUGAUUAUUCUAUUGGGCAAAGUAAUGUCCAAAAGUUGCCGUUAAACUAUUCUUACAAUUAAGUUUUCUUUGCUGAUCGUACUAAAAAGUAUAAUUUAAUAUGUCGGAACACGCUAUCCCGCUUGACAUUCUUGAUGAUUUGAGCAGUCGCUUCAUCAUCAAUAUCCCUGAAGAAGAACGAAAAGAUCACAUCCGUAUAUGUUUCCAAAUAGAAUUGGCUCAUUGGUUUUAUUUAGAUUUUUAUUGUACAGAAGAAAAUCCAAAAUUGAAAUCAUGUGGAAUGAAAGAAUUUACAAAUCAUAUAUUUAGGCAUAUUCCUUAUCUAAAACCACAUUUCCCUCGUGUUGAUGCAAUUUUAGAUCAAUGGCGUGAAUAUAAACAAAAUGUACCAACAUUUGGAGCCAUAGUUUUGAAUGAAGAUUUAACCAAAGUUUUACUUGUUCAAAGUUAUUGGGCUAAAAGUAGUUGGGGCUUCCCUAAAGGUAAAAUUAAUGAAGAUGAAGAUCCUUCCCAUUGUGCAGUUCGAGAAGUUUUGGAAGAAACUGGUUUUGACAUUUCUAAUUUCAUUGAUAAGAAUGAAUAUAUUGAGUCUGUCAUCAAUGACCAACUUGUAAGAUUAUACAUAAUAUCAGGAGUACAAAAAGAUACCAAGUUCCAACCCAAAACACGUAAAGAAAUCAAGAGUGUGGAAUGGUUCGAUUUAGAAAGUUUGCCUAAUAAUAAAAAGGAUAUGACACCAAAAGUAAAAAUAGGAGUUGGACCAAAUGCAUUUUUUAUGGUUUGCCCUUUUGUCAAACGCGUGAAACGUUGGGUCCAGGACAAACAACAAAAAGAAAAGAGUGCAUCAACUACCCAAGCUAAAAGAAAUCGCCAUAAAUCUAUUGGAGAUAUUGAUUCUAGCACUAAAAAUAAACGGUCACAAACUGUUACAAAAAAUGAUGGAGUAGAUUAUAAAUAUCAGCGUCAAGUUAAUACAUCCCCUGUGCAAAAUCGCCAAAAAACACAUGAUUAUAAAAAUACAUCGUCUAAAGGAGCAUUCAAGCGUAAUUUGUUUGGCGAACAAAGUGGAGAACAGUCUCCACCAGCUUUAGCAAAACAAUUGAUAGAAAGUCCAUUGAAAUCUAAGUCUAAUAUAUUUUUGAAAGACACAACAAACUUGGUUGUCAAACGGUCAGAAAAUAUCAACAAAACACCAAUAGGAAACAAAGAAAAAAAAGAAAAUGUCAAGUCAAAUUCUGGAAAAUUGACUCGAAAAAUGACAGAAAAAUCGAUGACUUAUCAGUUAACAAUACCACAGGUGUCAAGAGAUUAUUUUGGAGCAUUUGAUUUUAAAGCACAAGUUUGGAUGAAUUUUAAAUUUGAAAAAAAGUCUAUACUUGGUUGCUUGUAA